AUGGCUGUGGGAAAGGCGCCUCUCGUCACAGAGGGGACAGAAGCGGCCAGGAGCACAGUAGGACGUUCCUACUCCCUGACCACCUGCUUUCAAAAUGACUUGCCGCUUUCCAAAGGAGGGAGGAAGCUAACAGAUGGUAAACCUUACAUUGAACCUAAUGACGUCUGGCACUUGGUUUUUCUAAAAUUGAUUACCCACUGCUUUUUUUUUUCUCCCCCAUUUCCCACAGGAGCACAGUUUCCUCCAAUUCCAGCACAGGACCUUCCUUUUGUUCUAAAGGCUGGCUACCUUGAAAAACGCAGAAAAGAUCACAGCUUUCUGGGAUUUGAAUGGCAGAAACGGUGGUGUGCUCUCAGUAAAACAGUGUUCUAUUAUUAUGGGAGUGAUAAAGACAAACAACAGAAAGGUGAAUUUGCAAUAGAUGGCUACAAUGUCAGAAUGAAUAACACCCUUAGGAAGGAUGGAAAGAAAGAUUGCUGUUUUGAAAUCUCUGCUCCUGAUAAACGUGUCUAUCAGUUUACAGCAGCUUCUCCCAAAGAUGCUGAGGAAUGGGUGCAGCAGCUGAAAUUUGUAUUACAAGAUAUGGAAUCUGAUGUUAUUCCUGAGGAUGAUGAUGAUAGAGGAGAAUUAUAUGAUGAUGUUGAUCAUCCUCUAUCAAUGAGCAGUCCAUCAAUAAGCAGUCAGCCAAUAGAUGAUGAAAUUUAUGAAGAACUUCCAGAAGAGGAAGAGGACGGUGCUCUGGUGAAAAUGGAAGAACAAAGGAAGAUGAGUCAGGACAGUGUUCAUCACACCUUAGGAGAUAAAAGCACUGAUUAUGCUAAUUUUUACCAGGGUUUGUGGGAUUGUACAGGACAUCUUUCUGAUGAGCUGUCAUUUAAGCGUGGUGACGUGAUUUACAUUCUCAGCAAGGAAUACAAUAGAUAUGGCUGGUGGGUAGGAGAAAUGAAGGGAGCCAUUGGCUUGGUGCCUAAAGCCUACAUAAUGGAGAUGUAUGAUAUUUGAGAGUCCUGGAAAAGGAAGAUUCUUCUGCUUGUUUGGAUUUAGAAGCAUUGUGAAAGCAUGAGUGACAGCUCAUAACCUCUCUUUGUUUUGUUGAACAUCUCUUGUCUUUGUUAUUUUAGGCAGUCAUUCAUUAAAAUAUUCCUCUGAUGUGAAAUUAAAUGAAGGAUAUUAAUGUAAAUUAGGUGGAAGCAGUAAAGUUAUGCCUGUUGCUAUUUUGCAAAGAUGUAAUUAUAGUUUUUAUUUACUCAUUU